GAGCAUCCGUUGUGGAAAUUGGGACGUCUUAAUCAUGUUGCAAUAGCAGUGCCGGAUCUGGAGAAAUCAAGAAACUUUUACAAAAAUGUUAUGGGCGCCGAGUCUGUUAGUGAGGCUGUUCCUCAGCCUGAACAUGGGGUCUAUACAGUGUUUGUCGGCCUUGGGAAUACUAAAAUCGAACUUUUGGGAGAAUAUGGUGACAAUUCACCUAUAAAGAACUUUCUGGAAAAGAAUAAAACGGGGGGCAUUCACCAUAUUUGCAUUGAAGUAGACGAUGUUUCAUCGGCAGUUCAAGAUCUCACGAAACAAGGCAUCAGAUCUCUUGAUCCUAAGCCAAAGAUUGGAGCACACGGAAAACCAGUGGUCUUUUUACAUCCAAAGGACUGUGGGGGCGUUUUACUUGAAUUGGAACAAGCAUGA